CUGAUUGUUUUGUUUUAUCUGUUGAGAUUCAUUCAGAAGUUGCUGAUGGUCAGGCUGACGAGGCUGAGGAGGUGCAGCAGCUUUUCACUUCCUCCCGUGGAUAUUGUGCCCGUAAAGGGGUUCGUUUAAAGCAGGUAGCACUAGAUCACAUUGAUGUUGCCCAGGCGGUUGCGGACUACAUCAACAGCAGUUUAAUUGGAAAUAUUGUUCUGGGUGCAUCAGGAAGAAAUGUUCUUACAAGGAAAUUCAAAAACCAAGAUGUGCCAACUAGCUUAAUGAAAAUUGCCCCGGAUUUUUGUUCUGUUUAUGUAAUCACUAAAGGAAAGAUCCUCUCUUCCAAAAAAGCACAACGAAUGCCUCCUUCUAGUGCACCGCAAAAGACACCAUCUAUGCCAGCAGUUUCAUCUCGAAGUCAGCAGGAUAAUGCUGAACUAGAUUCAGAUGGAGUUAGAGCACAGACAAGGAAGAGAGAGUGUAGAAGUACAGAACCAGGUGGAUUUCCUUCGGACAAGGUCCAUGAUCUCAUUAGAGAACCACAACAUGAGGGAGGAAGAAAGCCCAUUUCUAAUUUCUCAAUGGAAAGCACUGACCCUCCCUUCUCUGCCGGAAGACUCUCAACUUUCCGUUAUUCUACAUCUGAUGCAUCUCAAAAUACAGGGACAUUCGCGUUGGCAAUCAUGGACAGCUCGGCCCAAGGUUUAGAUAAGUCUAUUGCUUCAGCCUCCUCUCUGAACGAGUCAAACGCAGACUUCUUAGAAGCUGAGAUGAGAAGACUGAGGCUUGAGCUGAAGCAGACCAUGGCAAUGUACAGCACAGCUUGCAAAGAAGCACUUUCAGCCAAAAAAAAGGCUACUGAACUUAAUCAAUGGAAGGUUGACGAGGUUCGUAAGUUUGAGGAAACCAAGCUCGCAGGAGAGGCAGCUCUUGCCAUGGCAGAGCUGGAGAAGGCCAAGUGCAGAGUUGCCAUUGAAGCAGCUGAGAAAUCACAGAAACUAGCAGAGAUGGAAGCUCGGAAAAGAAAGCAGGCGGAGAUGAAAGCUGAGCGAGAGACAGGGGAGAAGAAUCGUGCUUUGAAUGCUUUGGCACACAAUGAUGUACGGUACAGAAGAUACACUAUUGAAGAGAUUGAAGAAGCCACGGAUAAAUUCUCACCAUCAAAUAAAAUUGGUGAAGGAGGAUAUGGACCUGUGUAUAAAGGCAAACUUGAUCAUACCCCGGUUGCCAUCAAGGCUUUAAGACCUGGAGCUGCUCAAGGGAAGAAGCAGUUCCAACAGGAGGUUGAGGUUCUCAGCACCAUUAGACACCCACACAUGGUCCUUCUUCUUGGUGCCUGCCCUGAGUAUGGAGUCUUGAUAUAUGAAUGCAUGGACAACGGAAGCUUGGAAGACAGGCUGCUUCAAAAAGACAACACCCCUCCAAUUCCAUGGAGCACACGAUUCAAAAUAGCUGCUGAGAUUGCCACAGCCCUUCUUUUCCUCCACCAAACAAAGCCAGAGCCCCUUGUCCACCGGGACCUUAAGCCAGCAAAUAUUCUUUUAGACCGUAACUAUGUGAGCAAAAUUAGUGAUGUUGGCCUUGCUCGUUUAGUCCCUCCUUCUAUAGCUGAUAGUGUCACACAAUACCACAUGACCUCAGCUGCAGGUACAUUUUGUUAUAUAGAUCCCGAGUAUCAACAAACAGGAAUGUUAACUACAAGAUCAGACAUUUACUCAAUGGGAAUAAUGUUACUCCAAAUCAUCACGGCCAAGCCUCCGAUGGGUCUUGCACAUCAGGUGGGGAGGGCCAUUGAAAGAGGAGGAUUUUCGGACAUGCUUGACCACACAGUAUCGGACUGGCCUGUGGAAGAGGCGUUAAGAUUUGCUAUACUGGCAUUGAAGUGUGCUGAACUAAGGAAGAGAGACAGGCCAAGUCUUGCCACAGUUAUAGUGCCAGAACUUAACCGGUUGAGAGACUUUGGAAUGAACUCAGAACAGCAGCAGAGCCGUGGAGUAAGCAGCAGAGGUCGUAGUUGCAGUCCUCUUCCACAACCUACGUCACCUUUACAGGCAAGGAUGUCGAAUGCAACUCAGGAGAAAGCACGUACGUCCUGUAGAGGGAGAACUGAACAAGGUUCUAAUCAGGGAGAGGCCGACGGCCAAGAAAGUUAAGGCCCAACCUACAAGAACCAACACCAGAAAACUACUUGCUGAUAGAAAAGAACGAAGUGUUCAUAAACCAAAGAGACAUGGAAAUUCAAGGAUGUUUGUAAUGUGAGUUCUGAUAUUUUUGUAAGAAAACAAGAUGAAACAAAGAGGCAUCUAUCAGAAAUGAUGGGAAACAAGAACCGUGAAUCUUCACUCUCUUGCGAAUGUGGCUUCUGUAUUCCAUUACUUCUGUUCUUCCAGCACAAUAGACAGUUAUUUUGUUAUCUUCUAAUACUAGGCGGAGGUUGAAAGCACCUUUGAGACAGUGAAUAGAGAAACAAAAAGGCUAAAAGGUCAAAGGAAAUUUUAUCUUUCCUCUAACUUGGAUAUCAGUUUUCUGUAAUCACUGCCGAUAAUUUUUCUUUGUUUUUUCUUUUUUUUUUUCAAAACUACGACUGAGAC